GUUUAAUUCAUCGUGCGCAACUGUAGAGUUCUUGAUCUCGUUGUAAUCCUACCUGCCUAUUUGCUACCGUGUCACACCAACUCAAUAUCAUCGAAGGACAUAUCAGCCGAAUCCAAAACCGGAUUAAAUCAUGGCCACUGGUACCAGCACUGGAGGUCCCCUGACGAGACCCAAUGGCAAGAUUGAGCUGUACUCAGGACAGUACUAUGCCUCAUGUGCCAUGGGUGGUCUCCUAGCUUGCGGCUUGACUCAUGCUGCUGUCACACCGCUCGACCUGGUCAAGUGCCGCCGUCAGGUCGAUGCCAAGCUUUAUAAGAGCAAUUUGCAAGGAUGGAGUGUCAUUUACCGCGGUGAGGGCAUCCGUGGAAUCUUCACAGGCUGGAGUCCCACACUUUUUGGAUACUCAGCUCAGGGUGCAUUCAAAUAUGGCUUUUAUGAGUUCUUCAAGAAGAAGUACUCGGACGUGGUCGGUCCAGAAUACGCUCACCAGUACAAGACGGGUGUGUACCUGGCUGCGUCGGCGUCGGCCGAAGUCAUAGCCGAUGCCGCUCUGUGCCCCUUUGAAGCCGUCAAGGUCCGGAUGCAGACAACUAUCCCGGCGCAAUACAAGGGCACUUUUGAUGGCAUCAGCCAGAUAAUGGCCAAGGAGGGCGCGUCUGGGCUGUGCAAGGGUAUUUAUCCUCUAUGGGGACGACAGAUCCCCUACACCAUGAUGAAGUUUGCCUCAUUCGAGACAAUCGUCGAGAUGAUAUACAACAGGCUUCCCUAUGCCAAGGACGAAUACAGCAAGCUUGCACAGACCGGCGUGUCUUUUACCGGCGGCUACCUCGCCGGCAUCCUUUGCGCUGCUGUAUCGCACCCGGCAGACGUCAUGGUCAGUAAGCUGAACGUCUACCGUGAGCCAGGUGAGGCAGUCGGUGCAGUGCUGUCGAGGGUUUAUGGGGAUAUCGGAUUCCGCGGACUUUGGAACGGACUUCCAGUCAGGAUUGUGAUGGUGGGCACGCUGACUGGCUUGCAGUGGAUGAUAUAUGACUACUUCAAGAUCUUUAUGGGCUUUCCCACCACUGGUGGCCCGGCAAAGCCGAAGAAGGACUAAACUGGAGCGAAGUUUACAUCGCUGAAAGUCAGCUGACUUCACAUCCGCGUGAUUAAAAUGGAAUUUUCUUUGUCUUUGUUUUUCAUUCCUGGCAGGUCUGCGAAACCGUUCACGGCUCGUUAAUACCAAUUGGGAUGACAUUUUGCGAGCAAAUUGGUCUGAAUAGGCUUAGUGGUGCUGUUGGGGGUGUGUACAGCUUGAAAAAUAGAAGCCGGAUGCAGAACCUCAGACCAGACGUACUUCGUACGUCACCAGGCAAUCGCCGGUCAAAGCCAAGAUUCUCAUCAUUGGAGCCACAAGGAACUGAGGAAGCGACCCAAUAGAAGUUAAGACGACUCCGGUCGUUUCUCGGAAAGGUUUAUGCAGGUUUGAUCGAAGUGCGUACAGUAGUCUCGGGACGGUGUGCGGAGUGUUGGUGUUUGUCAGUUUUUC